AAGUCUGGUGUAGAAUUUGAACCAGAGGAGAGCCCAGGUAGCAACAGUAGCAGUAGUAGCAGCGACAGCAGUAGUGGGGCGGUAGAUGCCCUUCCCCCAGCCCCAGUUCCUCCCCAGGCCCCUGCAGGAGAGAAGAGGGAGGACAGCUCCUGCUCUGACUCAGACAGCUCUGGAGAGUCCAGCGAGGAGGAACCUGCCAUGUUCUCUAACUUUUUAAGCGGGGUGAACCCCCUCAGCUCCGUCUCUUCUGCUGUCAGAGGAGGUCUGUUUGGGGACAAUGCGGAGGGGGACAAACAGAAAGCAGGCCCUCAGCAGCCUGGGUCAGGCCCUGGCCCUCGGAAGGCCCCGCAGCAGGGACCUGGGAAACAGGACCAGGCACCUCCUAAACAGGGAGGACCCCAACUCCAGGGGAAUGGCCAGGCUGGUCAAGCAGCCAAACCUAGCGGGCAGCAAGCGUCCACUAAGAGUGGACCACAACAGCAAGCCCCUGCUAAGGGUCGACCACAACAGCAAGCUCCUGAUAAGGGUGGACCUCAACAUCAAGGACUUCAUAAGGGUGGGCCUCAACAGGAAGGACCUGCUAAAGGUGGACUACAACAAGCCCCCCAACAGCAAGGACCUCCUAAAGGUGGACCACAACAAGAUUCCCCUAAGGUAGGGGCUCAACAGCAAGCCCCUGCUAAGGGUGGACUACAACAACAAUGGUCACCUAAGGUUGGGGCUCAACAACAAGCCCCUGCUAAAAGUGGACCCCAACAGCAAGGUCCUCCUAAAGGUGGACCACAACAAGAUUCCCCUAAGGUAGGGGCUCAACAGCAAGCCUCUGCUAAGUGUGGACCACAACAGCAAGGUUCGCCUAAGUUCGGAGCUCAACAGCAAGCCCCUGCUAAAAGUGGACCCCAACAGCAAGGUUCGCAUAAAAUUGGGGCUCAACAACAAGCUCCUGCUAAAGGUGGACCCCAACAGCAAGGUUCACCUAAGGUUGGAUCUCAACAGCAAGCCCCUUCUAAGGGUGGACCACAACAGCAAGGGUCCCCUAAGGUUGGAGUUCAGCCACAAGGGUCCCCUAAGACCGGCACUAAGCAGCAGGGCUCCCCCAGGACUACACCACAGCAGCAGGCUGCUGGUAAACCUGGGCCUCAGUCUAAAGCUGGACCUAUGGCUGGAGCUAAACCCCUGUGUCCAGUGUGUAACACUACUGGACUCAACCUGAACACUAAGGAGCCACCCAACCAUAACACCUGCACACAGUGUAAGACUGUCGUCUGCUGCUUGUGUGGCUUCAGUCCUCCUGACUCGGGUGUAAGUAGAGCAUAUAUUUAACAUUAUAAACUGGGUGGUUCGAGCCCUGAAUGCUGAUUGGCUGAAAGCCGUGGUAUAUCAGAUCGUAUACCACAGGUAUGACAAAACAUUUCUAUUUACUGCUCUAAUUACGUUGGUAACCAGUUUAUAAUAGCAAUAACGCACCUCAGGUGUUUGUGGUAUAUUGCCAAUAUACCAUGGCUAAGGGCUGUAUCCAGGCACUCCGCGUUGCGUCCUGCUUAAGAACAUCCCUUAGCCGCGGUAUAUUGGCCAUAUACCACACCCCCUCGUGCCUUAUUGCUUAAGUAUAUAAUGUUAAUAAUUUAUCAGUAUUAAACAGUAGGCCUAAUAUCUUCUUUUUGACCUUAGUUCACCUUGUAGCAUUUGUACCAUGAAUCACAUUCUAUGUCAAACUAUUUUGGUAUGUUUUUGUACAGUGGAGAAUUGAGCAUACUUGAGCCUGCCCAGUGUGAUUUGAUCAGUCAGAAUAUUGACUCUAGUUACCACUUAGCAGGAUGCUAAAAGAGAGUAAUCUGAUUUAGUGACAGUUCAGUGAGCAUGAGGCAUUGCUCACUGCAGUCAUUAACAUGGUAGGAGGGUAGUUGCCUGUACUGUGAAGAUGAAGACUGUUACUCUACUAUUCACAUAUUUUGAACAAUAAAUUAUAACCUUCAUUAUGUACUACUAGUAUGCAUUUAGAAAAAAACAUAGAUCAUGAAAAAAACAUUGAUCAUGUUAAUGGAUUUCACAGAUUUGUUUUGUUUAAAAAAAAUCUGUAUAUGAUGCUAAAACCAUGAUUUCUAUUGCAGGGUAAGGAGUGGCUAUGUCUGACCUGCCAGAUGCAGAGAGCACUCGGAGGCUCUGACCCCCCUGGAACCCCUAAGAUGAAGCCCCAGCCUUCACCCAACAAAGCCUCUACAUCUCUUGCACCACAGAAGAAAGACAUUCCAACACCAGGCUCCCCCCAGAGAAAACCUGCUACAUCAGCAACACAGCCACCCAAAGUAGAGGUUGCUAAAGCAGCAGACGCUCAGAAACCUUCCAGCCCAGCUCCUGCUCAGAAGACACUACAGGAGAACCGGAGAACAUCAGGGCCUCAGAAACCACCAGAGCAGCCAGGCCAACCUGGGCUUAAGCAGAGUAAUGCUACCCCAUCCACACAGCAGGAGCCCGGGAAGCCUCAGCAACAGCCUCCAAAAAGUCGAGCCUCUCCUGCCAAAGCUGUGCCACCACAGGCCCAGCCCACCAAGGAGGAGUCAGGAGGCUUCUUUGGCUUUGGUGUUCCUAAAUCUCAGCCUGACCCCUCAAAGCCUGAAGAAUCAGUGUCUGGAAAGAUGUUUGGCUUUGGCUCCUCCAUCUUCAGCUCUGCAUCCACUUUGAUCACCUCAGUUGUUCAGGACGAACCACUCACCACACUGCCAGCUUCCCCCAAGGUGUCUGCAGCAGCCAAGGCCUCUCCCAAGAUGCCCCCUGCAAAGGAGACCAAACCACCUGCUGCUCAGAAAGCAGAGGAGAAGAAAGCAGAGCAACUCCAGCAGGCCAAGGUCCCCCCAUCAGUACAGGCCAAAGUGGACAAACCCCCACCAGAGCCUACAAAGGGAGCAGCAUCCUCCCAACCAGCUCCCAAAGCAGGCCAGUCCACCUGUCCACUCUGCAAGGUGGAACUCAACAAGGGCUCCAAGGACCCUCCCAACUACAACACCUGCACCGAAUGCAAGAACACUGUCUGCAAUCUCUGUGGAUUCAACCCCAUGCCAAACGUUACU